CAACAACGCCACACCGGAAAGUAUUUAAUUAUGCAAUGAGCCAUCCGCCUGUGCCGUAAGUUUGCGCGCCAACACAAAGCAAAUACGCGGUGCAAACACAAAAGUCGAAAAACGCGGCAAAAGACUUGGUGAAAUACACAAAAAACGCCGCUAUACAAAACUAAAAUUACAAACAUAUAGCCAUACAAGCAGACACGCCCACAAUUGAAUUGGCGCCUCUCAGCGGUGAAAUAGCAGCACUGUGUGGUAGUUGCAUAAAUUUAGGCGCGACAAUAGCCACAGCAGGACACAGUUGUGCACAGGAAGCGCCAAAGUCUAGCUGAGUAAUCAGCUCUAAAAAGUUACACACACCGACAUUCAUAGAACACAUGCAUACGUACAUAACACAUAUACAGGAAGCCCAGCUCAACAGGACGUGCAAUUGAAAAGUGCGCGCUUUCAUUGUGAACUUUGUGUUGUUUUGUUGCAGCAGCUGCGGGCAGCCAGAGUAACCUCUCUGUAUUUGGUCUGCCAGUGCAAAUCUAACUGCCGGAAAUAAACCGAAUUUGCAGCCAUUGAACUUUACGCAAAGCGAAAUCAAAUAUCCCACAUCACUGCCAUACACACACAAAGUGGUCUUAACUCCAGUUAAUUCGUGUGACACAAUCAAAAGGAAUUUAACCGAGCAAUGGAAUUAGUGUCAAGCAAAUCGACAUGAUGACAACCGCAAUUGAAACCACAUUUGUCACUCGCCAGGUGGCGUCCACAUCAGUCACAACAUUAAUAAGAAAGUCGUCGAAAUCAAACCGAACAAACCCACCAUCGGCAACAACUACAAUAACUGCAACAACGCAGUCGUGCAGGACACCUACAGAGACACGAGACAGACCGCAAAGUUUGUGCACAAGAAGCUCGCCAACAACAAGAACAACAAAACGUUAUUAUCACAAUCGCACAUCGUCGGCAGUAACCACGUGCACCACUGGACGCCGCAUGCGGCGACUACUCAAUGCACACUUGGUCAUUACAGCAACAACACUGCAGCAAUGUGCAGCUGUACGAUGGCAACUGUUGGUUGCCUUUCUCAUUUGCAACUGUAUUGAUAUUUCCAUUUCCAACCAAAUCUCGACAGUGGGCGCAUUCGAGCCGGAUUUCGUCUUCCCGCUGGAGAAUGUCACCGUAGCGCAGGGGCGCGAUGCGACCUUCACGUGCGUGGUCAAUAAUCUUGGCGGUCACAGGGUGAGUGGCGACUCCGCAAAUGCCAGGGUGGCUUGGAUUAAGGCCGAUGCGAAGGCGAUUCUGGCCAUACACGAGCACGUGAUAACGAACAAUGAUCGAUUGUCAGUCACACAUAAUGACUUCAAUACGUGGACGUUGGUCAUAAGGAAUGUGAGAAUGGAUGAUUCCGGCAAGUACAUGUGUCAAGUGAAUACGGAUCCCAUGAAAAUGCAAACAGCCACGCUGGAAGUGGUGAUACCACCGGAUAUUGUCAAUGAGGAGACAUCCGGUGACAUGAUGGUGCCUGAAGGUGGCUCAGCGAAGUUGGUGUGUCGGGCGCGUGGGCAUCCGAAGCCUAAAAUCACUUGGCGGCGAGAGGAUGGACGAGAGAUCAUCGCACGCAACGGCGCACAUCAGAAGACCAAAGCUUUGGCCGUCGAAGGCGAAAUGCUGGCGCUGACCAAGGUGACACGCAGCGAAAUGGGCGCCUACAUGUGCAUCGCCUCGAAUGGUGUGCCGCCGUCAGUGAGCAAACGCAUGAAGCUGCAAGUGCAUUUUCACCCAUUGGUACAAGUUCCCAAUCAACUGGUCGGUGCGCCCGUUUUAACCGAUGUCACAUUGGUCUGUAAUGUGGAGGCAUCACCGAAAGCAAUCAACUAUUGGCAAAGAGAAAACGGUGAAAUGAUUAUUGCCGGUGAUCGGUAUGUGCUCACCGAGAAGGAAAAUAAUAUGUACUCAAUAGAGAUGAUUUUGCAUAUAAGACGCUUGCAAACCAGUGAUUUCGGCGGCUAUAAAUGCAUUUCGAAGAACAGUAUUGGCGACACGGAAGGAACGAUACGAUUAUACGAAAUGGAAAGACCAGGCAAGAAAAAUCAAAGAGAAGAUGAUAAUGAAGUCACGAAAAAUGACGCGACACUGAAAGAUAGUCGUCACGAGGACGGUUCACGUAAUCAAAAUGGACGCCUCUACAAGGAGCGCGGCAGCGAUGCGGAGCUGCAAAGUGCCGGUCAAACGCUCAGUCGGCGAUGGAGUACACAGUAUUUGCUGGCGCUAACGCUAUUCGUAUCACUAGCAACAAGUGCAACGACAACAACAAUAACAACUAAAGCAGUUACAAUGGUAAGCAGACGAAGUCUGAAUAAUUUAUAGCUCAAAAAUUGAAAGUAAGCACAACAAAACACAUACAUACAUACGUACGAAUGAAACCAAAAAAAAUGCAUAGCAAGGAAAUAUAAAGUACACGAAUAAGCAGAACAGCAGGCAUAAAUAUAGUUAAAAUAACGACUCAAUAAAUAAAUGUAAUAAAUAAUUAAAAUAAAAUAAAAUUAAAUUAUAGAAAUAUGCAAAAAAAAAGAAAUAUGGAAUUAUAGCGGUAUUAGCGUAAAGCAAACCAAAAAAAUAACUGAGUUAAAUGUUACCUCUCUAGCGAAAUGUGUUUCUAUGACAAUGACUGUUGACUGUAUUUUUUAGCAGCUGACGUACUUACAUAUGUAAUUAGCGAAGAGUUGCUUGGCGGCCUUUGAAGUUAAACAACCCAGCAAACUUUAAAGUGAAAUAUAUUGUAGUUUAGCUACGGAAUAGAAAAAGAAAAUACACAAAGAAAAAUAAAUUAACAAAAUGCUUUGCAUAAGUAUUUGUAUUAGUUUGCAUACAUACAUACAUACAUAUAUAUAAAUGUGUAGAUAAAUUUUGCAGUGGAAAUGAAAAUAUAUACAUAUAUGUAUAAUAUAAAUACAUAUUUAUAUAGAAAUGUAUGAAUGCUAAAUAUGAAAUAACCGUCAGCCAAAAGCAGUAUUACGAGCAUUUUGUUAAAAAAAAAAAACAAAAAACGAUGAGAGAUAUAGUGUACUUAUGAUUUAGGUGUAAAGAGAAAAUGCUUAUAAAGUCGUAACCACGCCUCUUCUGAUAUUGUAAAUACUUUAGGUCUAGGCAAGAUACACUGUAUAUAUGUUUGCACUGUUAUACAAAGCAAGUUCUUACCGAGUAUAAUAAGCAAGUUAAGUUAAUAUCUACUGCGAAGUUUCUUUAACUGGUUAAGUGUUGAAUCAAAAACUAAUCUAAAAAAAUAGAUUUAUUUAAUAUAAAGUUAGUGUUUGGUUUAUAUGACCAAAUGAUGACAAGCCGUUUCCAUUUUAUCUUACCUCUGAUUGGGGACUAAAAUUGAUAAACAAGUCAUUUGCGAGAAUUUUUUUCAUUCUUAUAUUAUACUAAGUGACGUUCACGAUGGCUAUGUGCCAUCCAGUGCUGUAUUAGUAAUAGUUUACUCGUAAAUAUUUGUUCGUAUUAGGUAUCCUGUCGGUUUUUCCUUUUCUCAUCGGAGACGAAGGUGUAUCUUUAAUUUUUCUAUUUCUGUGUUUGUAUCUUAGUAUACACUUCUCCACUGCUUUCAUCAUUUAUUAACUUCGGUGAUUGUUUUACGUGUUUUUUUGGCGGACGUUCCAUCCGUUUCUACUACUUGACUUUUGGGUCCAGUGUUGCUGCGGUCGUUGACUUAUGUUUACCUCGUUUAAUCCUACCAGCACUUUGAAAACAUUUCUUUUUGAUUGUAAUACCAUCCUCUGCUGUUAUACUUCCAUCUUCAGCGACUUUAAUUCCCAUGUCGUCGUUUUUCGUUUGGCUAUUCAUCAGCGGAAUGAGGGUUUAAUCUUAUAUCUAUGACAACAUAACCAGCUUCCUUAAUUCCUCGGAAAGAAGGAUUCCCUCGGGAAAAAAUAUGACACUUGAAGUCUUCUAUUUCUGUAAAUGGUAUAAUCGCUCGUUUCAAAUCUUUGUCCAAAAAUAUAGCUGCUUCUACAAUGUUUGUACUUUCGUUAAUUACAGAGGUGUUUGCGUUGACAUCCUCUUCUGUUUUGCCUGCUAUUUUAAUUUUUUCUAAUUUAUUGUCUCUCCAAUAUUCUUUUAGUUCUUCUGCUUUCUUCGUUUCUUCUACUUUUCUCACUCUCUCUCUCUCUCUUUGCUCUUGUCUCAUCAUCAUCUUCAAAAAUGUGUUCGAUUACUUACUUCAGCUUCAUCUUAGUCUUCAAGAGCUUUGUCUUCUACGUGUAGCUGGCCUUCUCUGCGUAUGCCUUCUUCUCAAAGGUAAUGUCUUUUACGCGGAUCUCGCCUUCUGUUCAUUGUUGUAUUAAAUCCGCAGUGCGCGACUGCUUUUUGUUGACUUGUUUUUAAACGAACGUUUUAGUUGCCUUUUCAGGAGAUUGGUAACAUUUACUGCAAAGGCUAUUUUACAAGAACGAUCUCAUUACUGGAGGUCACACUACUCAAGAAUGAAAUAUUCCUCACUAGAUGGCGUGUAUAUCAAUUUUAGUCCCCCCUUAGAGGUAAAAUAAAAUUGUAUAGUUCGUCAUCAUUUGGUCUUACAAAUCAAGUAGUUAAACAUAUGCGAUGCUUAUCCAGCUGGGAAUUGUCUUGCUUCAUAGAAUUGUUUCAGGAUUUGUUAGCGAUAAAUUAUAUAAAAUCCUCUCAAAAUUAAGUUAAACAUCGGUGCAGUAAAGGUGGGAGGGAGAGCCCUUAUCAUUAUUAUUGUUGAAAACAACUUUUUUUUAUAUUUAAUAGGCAAUUUAUUUUAUACGAAAUCAAUCAAGAUGUAUGUGAAGUGGAUAUUGUUCGGUAAUGAUCCAACAUAUUUUUUUUGGUUUUUGGAUUUUAGAUAUUUUAAACAGAAAAAUCCUAUUUUUCGUCAGAAAGGGUCAACGAACCGAAAAUUUUGCAAAAUGAUUUCCCGAUUAUUACGUUUAGGUAAGGUUGUUAUACUCGCCAAUAUACAACUGAUGUAUUGGUCCUAUGUAAUGCUAGAAGGAGAUUCAGUUUUAUUUGAGCUAAAGUAUUCGUCAUACAGCUCAACGCUUUUUGAGAACUAUAUUAGAGAAUUAGUCUCUAAUUUGAUGGAAUUAAUGUCUUGUACUUUCAUCUAGCCUCUAGUACUGCGAUGCUAUGCUCUAGAUAUCUAAGAUGAGUUCCAGGUAGAGAAGAAGCAGGAGAGGUGUUCUAGCGCCCAUCUCUUGCUUAACUUCCAACACAUAAUACAGUCUUUUCGAGACCAUGUGAAUAAAAAAGCAAACUCUGACUCUGAUUGCCGCUUAGCUAUAAACGGAUAUUGGUCUUCUUUACAUUGUUUCCUAACCGCACAGAUGAACGGACUACUAUAUAAACCAUAUUCGAGAAAAUAAUUUCACUUCUAUGAUUAGGUUUAUCAUUGAAUAAUUAAUGCUCAAGUGAGGUCCUGAUAGAACAAGGUCUAGUUACUUCGCUAAAAUACCAUUUGUCAAGAUGACCAUAGUGCGCGAACCACUUUGAUUGGAUUUUUCUAAGAAUACUAUUUAGUUUGAAUCGUUUCAGGUCUCGUGUUUAUAAACGACUUUAACGAUUGACAAUUUGUAUUCAAGUUUCGUCCCGUAGGAAACAAGCAAAACCAAAUCAAACAACCCAAUAAAAUAGUAGAAAUUUGACGAGUACAAAAUCUCAUCCCAUGCAAUUUAAAUCAUUUUUGCUGGAAUUUGUUUUCAUUUUUAUAUGACAUACAUAUAACAUAAAUAUAGUUUAGAUAACCUGAACAAUAUAUUACUUAUUUUCAAAACUAUUUCGUGAUUUGACUCCAAAACACUUAUUUUUUCAUAAGGAACGCAAAGACAUUAAAUUUCCAGUUGGAUAAAAUGCAUUAUAAACAUACAUAUGUAUGUAUAUUUAAGAAAUAUAUAUAAAUAUGCAUUAAUUUAUAAACAUUAAAUGCUAAAUCAAAAGCCAGCAGCAUAACCAAAAACCUUCGCCACGACGCAUAUAUACAUACACAUAUGUAAAUGUUAUAAGAGUAUUUAGGCAAAAAUAAAAUGUAAUUGUAAAUCAAUAUAGCAAAUAUAAGUAAAUAAAUAAUAUAGAAAAUAAUUAAAAAAUAACAAAAAUGCUAAAAAUGCUAAAAAAUGUGCCAAAUCGAAAUAAGUGAAAAAUGUAAGUUGAAGUUCAUAUGGAAUAACUUAAAUACUCUCGACAGCGUUUGUGUUUCUGUGUGUUACGUGGCCAUCGGAAUAUCAUACUAUAUAUAAUAUGUGUAGUUGCAACUCAAAAGUCGAUUUUAUUUGCAGAUUUUUUUUUUAAAAUGUUUGGACAGCAAUAUGUUUGUAUUUGUAAUCUUUCAGUUCCAAAAAUUGGCUAUAAAUGAAAAAUCUGAUCUCAAAUCGGCAAAAGAGAAAAGAUUUGCAUUUAUUUCCUAUAAGAAAUACUUUAACAAUAUAGUAGAAUUAUAUAUACAUAUAUAUUUAAAUGAUCAGGAUAACGAGACGAGUUGAAAUCCGGUUGACUUUCUAUCUGUCUGCCUACCUGUCCGUUCGUGUAAGCUGCAACUUGAGUAAAAAUUGAGAUAUCUUAAUGAAACUUGGUAUGAGCGUUCCUUGGCAAAAAAGUAAGGAUGAUCUACAUUGGGAAACCAAUGCAUUGUCUGUACGACGAUACCGACAGAAGCAUGGUAAAUAAAAUAAAAACCCGAUGGAACGAGCUACAUACGUGGGUGCAGAACUGCAAAAGUCAAGUGCAAAACGUUAGAUCAGAAGUACACAGAAUUCAUAUUGGCACUCGAUAGAAACGACUGUAGGAACAUGAUGGCAAUACUAACUGGUCACUGUCUGGUGGCGACACACGCCAGCAGGAUGGGGCUGACAGUUCGAGAAUACUGCAGGAAUUAUCUAAAGCAAAACACCAGGGAAACAAUAAAAAUGGAAACAAUCUUGUGCACUUGUCCUGCAUUGGCAAGAUUACGAUGUAAGCAUCUGGAUCUAGCAACUGAACUCCAUCUGAUAUCGCAAUGUACCAAAACUAAUCUAUGCAUGGUUUACUGCCCUUCCAUAUUAACCUAACCUAACAUAUCUCGGGACCUGCUCGACAGAUUUCAACCAAAUUCAGUAUACGACAUUACUUUAAUGUUCCUAAGUCACACUGUGAAAAUGGGCGAGAUCAGACAACAACCACGCCUACAUUCCAUACAACACAAUUUUUAAUUACUUUUUAUUCUUUUGUUUUCCGAUAUACAAAUAAAGAAGCAAUCAAUAUAACGCGAUAUUGUAGUAGUAUGUCACCUUACGACCAAAAAUUGUUCAACUCGAAUCAAAAUUAUUCAAGCCCCUAUGUACGGAAUACAGCUAUAAUUGACUUUCGACAAAAAAUAUCGGCCAAUGAAUGAGUUAUUUAACUCAAAUUUAGAAAAAAAUUCUCUCCCGUUAAUAGUAUGGAAUGUCGAUGUUUCAAAAGUGGGUUGAAUCGGAUGAACACUGCCUUUAGCCCCCAUAUAACUAAUAUAAAGAUUUUUGUUUUACUCAUAACAAUGUAUCUUUCUGACUCACAUGAAUAAAAUUGGGCGAAAACUUGACUUAGCCCCCAUAUAACACGCGGCUGACUUUACUUCAUAUGAUUAAUGAUUAUAUGUAAAGAACUUUGAUGAAACCUUGGGCACAUUCUAUUAGUAUGUGGUAUAUUUAUUCUAUGUAGUAUUGGUUAAAAUAGAUAAAACUCUAUUCAAAAGUACCCUCAACUCCCAUAUACUACUUAUAAUGAUUCUCGUUAUUCUAACCAGCUUUGUGCCGAUCGAUCAGUGAGUAUUAUUUAUACAUACUACAAUUAUGUAUAUAUAAAAUUACUUUACAUUAAUUUCGCGAGUGUACCUGAGCAAUAUCAAAAUUAACGCAGUCAGACCAUCCCUUUCUCUGCUCCAAUGCACCCUAUACAAGUAUAAUGAAUUAGAUCCUCUUGUUGAAGUUUUCCAACUCCACUCAACAUUUUAAAUUUAGCUUCUUCGGUCGUGUUAAUAUGACAUAUAACACAUGUCUCAUUUGACGAGGUUUUUAAUUUAAUUUUAGCUGACACGAACCUAAAAUAUGAAAUAAAAUUAAGUCUAAGUUUUUGGCCUUCAAUAUAAAUCAUGAAGAUAUUAAAUUUGAUUGCAAUUUAUUCACGAUUUAAUCGGAUAGUUUAUGUUUAAAAGCAACAUGUUUUGUUUUAAUAUAAAGUUUUGCUAACAUCUGAAGGAAUUUCGCCGACUUUGAUUACUGCAAGUUGUAAGGGUAUAAAGGUAUAAAGUAUUCGCUUACACCCGUACUUAGCCCUUUCCAACUUCAUUCCUUGUAAAGUUUGGCAACAUUUUGCUACAUAAAUGGCUGCAAAUUUUGGCAUAUUAUUUAAAAUACACAAUUUUUGUUAAUGCUUCAACUAGAGUUGGACGGUUAGACACUGUAUGACGCUAUUCUCCGCACUUGACAACUUCAACACUUUGCAAUUUAUUAAGAUUUAUUAUUAUGUCAUAAAUAAAAAGUUCUUUUCUGGAGCAAGAUGUUAAAAUUUUCGUUUUGAAGCUUUAUAUUUAAUGAGCAUUGACACAUUUUAACAAAAGGUUUUUUACUUGAUAAAAAUCAUCAAUAUUUUGUCGAUUUAUCAAGUGCGCAGAAUAGAGGUGUAAAGGUAAUAUAUGGACCGCAAAGUUGUUGCCCUUUGAAGUGACAAUAGACAUAUGUAAACUUAUCGUAUGCUUACAUGUUUUAAAAAGUCCUUAGCCUGACCGAGAAGGAGCAAGAAACAAAAAUCUCUAUCCUUAUUCUAGAGUAAUAACUAUUAUUGCAAGAGUUACGCCGAAUAUUAUCCAGCCUAAUGGGCAGGCAAGUACUUGCUUCGUCGUAUAAAUAAUUGUGAACCUCUUUCGUGAAGAUCACAAGUUGCAGUAACUCCCUGAUAAUCAAAAAACAAAUUACCAAAAUUCGUGAAAUUGUGUUGAUAGGCUCUAAAAUUAAAUUUCAUGACUUUUUAUCAGUUUGUUGGAACCGCUGCCAUUCAAACCAAAAGAUUGGACUCCAUUAUUUGUAUGGAAACCCUUUUUAUUUGACGAGUUAUCUUCACGAAAUUUGCACAUAUUAUUCUCCCAGGUAACAGUGCAAUCCCGAAUCUCAGAUUGGGCCACCAUAGCAUAGAGCUGCCAUAAAAAUUUAAUGAUUGGAAUUGCUUUAAGAAAUCGUUUAUUGUUAUAGUAUCUUAUUAGUUUGAAUAUCAUCUGUCAUACAGCUUCCAACAUAUAAAUCGAAGAGUUUAAUUUAUUAACUAACGUUCAUGCUUAACUCUGGACAUGUUUUGUUAGUCAUUACGACCAACAAUCAUCCGAGUUUUGCAAACAGAAGCAAAAUCGCGAAACCCGUCCAUGGUUAAGCUCAAAAUGGAAGCGAAAACUGAACUAUUUUGAAGGCUUUGAAAACUUCUAGUCUUCGCACUGUCGAACCGACAACGAAAUGUUGAGGGACCGUUACAAACAUUUUCAUACUUUCAUUAAAAAAAAUUGUUAGACCAAAAAAUGCUCAGACCUUGUAGCUGAAACAGUGAGUGCUUUAUUACACAUUUUCAUUUAUUCUUAUAUUAAAGCUUUCAAAACAUAUUGCAGUGAAAUAUUAAAUUUUCAUUAAAUCAGCUAUUUUAUUCUGGGUCAUUAAAAUUCCAAAACAUAUCACACUAAUACGUGAGUCCAAAAAUAUUAAUUUACCCAAUGAUAUCAAAAAAUUAUUCAUAAAUAUAGUUUUAUUUUUCGAAAUCAUGCAAAAUACAAAGCUAAAUGCAAAAUUUCGAAACGUGCGCAAAAGUCAACAAAUAAAUUAAAAUUGGAUUGGAAUUUAGUAAAAAUUAUACAAAUAUAGGCAUACAUUUAGGUAUAUGUAAGGCAACACGCACGGAAGUGUACGUGUGCGGAACAGGAUAUGCCGGCUCGAAAAUACACAUAGACCAUUUGUGUGAAAUAAUGCGGAAAAUAUAUUUAAUUAAAAUGUUUGUUAGACAAAUCAAUUAUUGAAUAUUAUGAAAUUAAAAGAGUUAAAAAAAUGUGGAUAAUAAAGUAAUAACUUGUAAUAUUGGUCACGGCAAACAGCAUAUGUAAUUAAAGUGGAAAAAAACGCUAAAUUAUUGAAGCCACAUUAGUAAGUGUCUAUGCUAAAAAAAAGAUAUAUAUACAGGUAUAUAUAUACAUAUAUAUAUGACAAAUAAGCAGAACAAACAGCGCUAAAUGCUUUUAGGGCCGAUAAGUAUUAUUACAUUUAAAAUUUGCAAAAAACAAACAAGAAAAAAAAAAAUUAAAGUAAAUAUAAAACCAAAAAUAUUUGCGUAAAAUAUUCAUGAAUACUUUGUUGUUGACUGAAGCUCAUCGAAAGUGAAAUGCAU